GGCUAAGCCUCUGUCCGGGUAUUUAUGGCCUGAAGAUUCAUUUGAAGCUGGUUGGGGAUUAGGAAAUUCUAACCAAAAAAGAUGAAAGCAACUUCACUGGAAAUGGUGAGGCUUUUUUUCUUUCUUUUUUUUUUUUUUUUACUGUGGCCUGUCAAUUUAAGGGAGCACUAGAGUUUUGGGCAGAACAAGAACUGCGAGGACAUUGCUAGGUGAUGGAUCACUCUCUGGCUGGCUGCGCUUAUCCCUCAGUCUGAAGAACCCAAACAGUCAGGACAAAAAGAGCGAGAGAAGGGUUAAACAAACGCAUGGCUGUUUUCCCCGGCUCCUCCUCUUUCUUCUUGUGUCUCUGCUCCAUUCACACUGAGCAGGCAGAACAAGUGUGUUGUCCGAGGCAGGGAGGCUGAGCUGGACCGGCAGAAAAAUAACAAUUCUGCAGCUGAUGGAUUGAGAUCCACCUUAACAGGGGUAGCUGGAGCUAGCAGGCUGAGCGGGCAAGUGCUCAGACCAGCAGAGACAGCAGCUGCCACUGAAGACAAGCUCCAUCCCAGAACAACAUAGACAGGAGGAUUGGGGAAGAAAAUAGACACCACUCCACCAAUCUCCUGCCCCAAGCAACCCUUUUCCUGCCAGCCACAUCUAACCCUUCUGGAUUACAAGGGCCAAGCGCGCAGAGGGCAGGAUGGGUUUUCCAAAGGUUUGUUUUUCUAUCCUCCCAACCAAGGGAAUUAACUAGAAGAAGGAAAAGCCUGGGGCAGCCUGCAUGGUGCUAAGAGGAGUGAAGAGCCUGAAGUAGCGUUCUCCAGUUGGGGUGUCUGAAGCACCUACUCAUGGAAUCCCUCCACACAAGGGUCCUAGCGAUGGGUCUGAAACACGAGGCCUCUGCACUCAUACUGCUGGUGAUCUGAGAUAUGUACCUGGCACCCCUGGGACAGAUCUGAUCGAUGGCAAUGAACCUGGGCAGCUCCUAGUUCCAAAGGAAGAAAGCUGGUGUGGCUCUUCAUUCCCUCUUCACUGUGAAAGUGUGGCCUGGGCUCCCCAAGGGCUCCCCUGAAAGAUGAGUGAUGGCGUGUGGAUCUCCCUCAGCCCGACAGAAUUUGCGCAGCUCCAGCAAUAUUCUGAUUAUUCCACUAAGAAGCUGAAGGAUGUCUUGGAAGAGUUCCAAGGGGACGGAGUCCUCUCAAAAUAUAACCCAGAGCAGAAGCAAGAUACCCUGAACCAACCCAUUGACUACGAGGGGUUUCGGCUCUUCAUGAAGACGUACCUGGAGGUGGAUAUUCCUGAGGAGCUUUGCCAGCACCUCUUCAUGUCCUUCAAACGCAAGAUCUGCCAGUAUUCCCCAGAGUCUCGGCGACAAGGUUCCAGCAUCUCACAGCUCAACAUCCUGGAGCCAAAAUCUAUUGAUGCGGGCAUCUCCAUCCAGACUGAAGUGGCCUGUGCCCCCGUCACAGGGAUCAAUGGGAAAACUCUCUUAAGUGCCCUGGGAAGACACACUCCUGACUCCAGGAGCUCCCCCUCUAGCCUUGCAGACCAGCAGUCCGCUUCUCUGACCCCUGCACUUCUAGCCAACACCAGUGCCCUUGGGAACGCCUCUCCCAACUGGUCCAGGUCCUCCUCUCAGAAAUCCACUGCUGGCACCCCCUCUGCUCACAACUCAUCAGGUUCCUCGAAGAUUUCCUCUGGGGCUGUGCUCAGCCCUCAGUCCCCAGGCUCACGAAGCUUGGAGAAGAGGUUACCGUUCAGUCUGCGCAAGACCCACAACUCCCUGAAAGCAGCCAAUCCGCACCUGCCAGCCCUCGUGUCUCAGGUAGCCUACCUGAAGGACAUCGUCUGCUACCUGUCGCUGCUGGAAAGGGGCCGGGCUGAGGACAAGCUGGAGUUUAUGUUUCGUCUCUAUGACACCGAUGGCAAUGGCGUCCUGGACAGCUCGGAGCUGGAUCGGAUCAUCAAUCAAAUGGUGCACGUGGCAGAAUACUUGGAGUGGGACUCGACGGAGCUCAAGCCAAUUUUGAAGGAGAUGAUGGAGGAAAUAGACUAUGAUCAUGAUGGCACCGUGACGCUGGAAGAGUGGAUCCGGGGCGGCAUGACCACCAUCCCCUUGCUAGUCUUGCUGGGGAUGGAGACGAACGUGAAGGACGACGGGCAGCAUGCCUGGAGACUGAAGCACUUCAAGAAACCUGCCUACUGCAAUUUCUGCCGCACCAUGCUGUUGGGGGUCCGGAAACAGGGCUUGUGCUGCUCCUUUUGUAAAUAUACCGUCCAUGAACGGUGUGUGUCCAAAGAGAUUGCCUCGUGCAUCAGCACAUACGUGAAAUCCAAGAGGAACACCAAUGUCAUGCAGCACACCUGGAUCGAGGGGAACUCCCCAGUCAAGUGUGACCGGUGCCACAAAAGCAUCAAGUGCUACCAGGGUAUUACCGGACUACACUGUGCAUGGUGCCAAAUCACACUUCACAACAAAUGUGCCUCCCACGUGAAGCCAGAGUGUGACGGGGGGCAGCUCAAGGACCACAUCUUGCUGCCUUCUGACAUCUGUCCAGUGGUUCUGGACAGGCAGUCCCACCCCAGGAAAUCAGACAGCGAUUCCCCUGCCAGCACCUGUCCAGACGACACCGCCCAGACCUUCAAAUUCAAUACCACCACGCUGGACGGGCAUGGCCUACAGAUCACCCCCAGGCCCGGGACCCACCCUCUGCUGGUGUUCGUGAAUCCCAAGAGUGGAGGGAGACAAGGAGAAAGAGUCCUUCGGAAAUUCCACUAUCUGCUCAACCCCAGACAAGUGUACAACCUGGACCGAGGGGGACCGACUCCUGGGUUGAAUUUUUUCCACGACACCCCAGACUUUCGUGUCCUGGCAUGUGGAGGGGAUGGGACUGUUGGCUGGAUCCUGGACUGCAUAGACAAGGUGAACUUGCUGAAGCACCCCCCAGUGGCUGUCCUGCCACUGGGAACGGGCAACGACCUGGCCAGGUGUCUGCGCUGGGGAGGAGGUUACGAAGGGGGCAGCCUGCUGAAGGUGCUGAAGGACAUUGAGCACAGCAUUGAGGUCAUGUUGGACAGAUGGCGGAUUGACGUGAUCCCCACGGACAAGGAGGAGAAUGGAGACCCUGUCCCGUACAGCAUAAUCAACAACUAUUUCUCCAUAGGUGUGGAUGCCUCCAUCGCGCAUCGAUUCCACAUGAUGAGAGAAAAGCACCCUGAGAAAUUCAACAGCAGGAUGAAGAACAAGCUGUGGUAUUUUGAAUUUGGCACGACUGAAACCUUCGCUGCUACCUGCAAGAAGCUCCACGACUACCUAGAGAUCGAGUGUGACGGAACGCUGCUGGACCUGAGCAGUACCUCGCUGGAGGGCAUCGCCGUACUCAACAUCCCCAGCAUGUAUGGUGGCUCCAAUCUCUGGGGCGAGACCAAGAGACAGCGCAGCUAUAACCGGAUGAGCAAGAAAGUGCCCGAAAAGUUGCACUCCACGGUGGUCACUGAUGCCAAGGAACUCAAGUUCUGCGUCCAAGACCUCAGCGACCAGCUCCUGGAAGUGGUGGGUCUCGAGGGAGCGAUGGAGAUGGGGCAGAUCUACACCGGACUGAAAAGUGCUGGAAAGAGACUGGCCCAGUGUUCAUCCGUCACCAUCAGGACAACAAAGCUGUUGCCCAUGCAGGUGGAUGGAGAGCCCUGGAUGCAGCCUCCCUGCACAAUAAAAAUUACCCACAAAAGCCAAGUGCCAAUGUUGCUGGGCGCUCCCCAGAAGAGCAGCUUCUUCUUCCUGAAGAGAAGGAACCGAACUCAAGAUUAAACAAACAAAGAAAUCAAGUCCAGAGGUGACAACGCUGCAUCCCGCUGGCAACUGCUGCAAGGAAGGCCUGUGGAAAAGGACCCUUCAUCUCUUGAGAUUUCCUGACUUCUCGCUCUGCUUUGGAAACAGCAGACCCCGGGCAGUGGUUUGAACAGCAAGUGGAAAAGAGCAGCCAAUGGUUCCAUGUGAAAUGAGGUGUGGUUUGAGUUUGUACACACACGUGCGUGCACACACACACACACACUACUGGCAGGCAUCACCUGGAUGGUUUGGAAAAAAAAAAAAGAUUUUUCCUAGAACGUCUCAAUUGCAGGAGUGAAAACAAACUCUCAGUGCCAGGGAAGGGUUUUGUCCCUGGUGAAGCCUUAGACUCUGUUGAGAAAAUUUGUUAUCCUCUGAAAAUAGACCAGCACAGAUGGCCUGGAAUGGAUGGAGUAUAAUAUCUGGCCCAACACUGCAAAUGAGAGUUGGUUUCUUUCUUUUUUAUUUAAACACUUAACUCUCCACCUGUCCCCCAAAGUUGCCAGUGAAACAGGGACCUGGCAAGAAGCUGAGUGUCACUUAUUUAUUGUUUAAUUCUGUCCGAGGAUACUGGAUGUUUCAUUGCCCUGUCCCUGUGGUCACUAAAUCCUCCACAUUCUAACAGUUAUUUGUCAUCUUAGCUUCAGCAACACUGAGGAGAGGGGAGAUGGUGCCUUUUCUCAAACUGUUCUAAUUCAUUGUUUCAAAGCGCUCCACCACUAGCUUUUUUUUUUUUGGGGGGGGGGGGGGGCGUGGGGGGUCAGGUUUAAACAGAAGCAAGUUUGUCAUUCAGUUUCAAACCCAUUUGGGUGCGAGCUAUGUUCGGAGAGAGGGAGCCAGAAGGGACGGGGGAGGCCACACAAGGAGAGCCCAUUCCUUGGAUGCCAGAAACAAACUCAGGGUAAACAAGAGGAGACAACACUUGGAAUGUAUAACUGGUCAAACAUGGGCCUUGCCAGGCUGCCAGCCUCCAUGGAAUCCUGAAUCCAAUGUUGGACCCCACCUGUGUGUUUUUUUAUUUAUCUAUUUAUUGAAAAGAUUCUUUUCCUUUAAAAAGAAUUUUGAUAGGAAUGAAACGUCCCAAUUUUCCUUGGCAGUUCCAGUUAAGAGAGAGGCCCAAACUCUCCUUACAGGAGAGUAUUACUCUUAAUAGGGUUGCUUUAGCCCACUGAGAAAUGGCCUGAGUUGAAUUUUGGAUGUGAUGUGGCACUCAGCCUUCACUAAUGCAGCAAAGGGCUUAUGCUGAGUCAUCACAAUCUGUGGCAGUCUUGUGAAUGGCUUGGGAAGAGGCGCUGGUCUGGGGAUGAAAUCAAAGUCAACCCAGUAGGAGCACUGCAGAGAGUUAUUUGCUUUCUAAAGCACAACAGUGCAAGCAGGGUGGGGGGAAGAAAGGUAAAGAGUAUACAGUGAAGGGAGACAAAAGCAACACAGCUUCAAAUGUGAUUGUAAUACACAAGCUAUUUGCUACUAUGCUUUCCUGCCUAGGGGACCUGCAUUCAGAUUUGGCUUAGGUCGUAUAAGUGUGAUGGUCUCAUCCUAGUUCCCAUUGAAUCUAUGUCCUGAAUAUCAAACCCACCAACUUGAUGGGUUGGCAGUUAGGCAGAGUGCUGUGUCAAGCUCUUCUGUGCCAGCUUUGGACUGGUGACAGCGCUUGCUUAUACACACCAGCUAUGUUCAUCAUAGGAUCCUUUAAUGCAUUCCCAGGUACGGCUGAGGUUCAUUUCACUAAGAUGUUUUACACCCCAUGCCACCAGUGGCUGAACAGUAUAAUACAUCCAUUACAUCUCCCCCUUUAAGUUCUGUAUUCCUCCCGUUUACAAUAUUUACGCUAUCCUGCUGUCUUGGAAGUUCCGUAUGGACCACUCUGUUAAGUGUCUCUGAAUCCUACUGAUUUUCUAAUUGCAUCACCCAAAUGCAUAACACCUUGGUCAUCUGGCUGUCCAGUAGUUGCUGGCUGUGGUUGGUUUGGAAUCCUUAAGACGUCUUCUUGUUCUGCACCUGCCAUCUGUAGAGAUUGCUCUGUUGAUUGUUCUUUUGGAGGAACAAACUGUAGGUGUUGACGAUUUCUGUUGAACUCUCUACUCUUGGUCUUGAUCACAUAUAAUCCGGGCACUGGAUUUUUUCUUCAUGUGAGCUGCAGUUGUCCAUCCCAUUCCUUCAUCCAAUUUGACAUGAACACAGUCACCAGGUUCUAGACCCAACAGUUCUCUGAGUGAUUUCUGUUGUAAAAGCUCUUAUAGACUUUGUAUCUGAUUUGGCUACUCUCUGCACGUCUGGCCAUUUUGCAGAUAGAUUCUUUUUCAACAUUGCAGCAGUAGUUCUGAGUUGUCCUCCCAUCAGGAGUUGUGCUGGACUCCAUCCAGUAGCCGUUGUUGGUGUUGAUCUGUAACCUCAGAAGAGCAAGGAAUGGAUCUUCCUGCUAUAGGAUUUUCUUGGCUGUCUGUACAGCUCUCUCAGCCUCUCCAUUCACUUGUGGAAAACUUGGGCUGCUAGUAAUAUGAUCAAAAUCAUAUUUCAUUCAGAAUUACUUAAAUGUAUCUCCUUUCAAAAGUCCAACAUCAUCAAAUCCUCUGAGUUCUUCAACCUUUCCCACUAGGCUCAUCAUGGUUGCCAUGCUGUGCCUGAGAAGGCUGUUACACUCUGAAUGCAAAGCUUUUGUCUUUAUAAGUUGUUUCUAUGGUGAACUGGCCCAUACAAUUCAGAAUACCUCCAGGGCUAGUCAGAGCUGUGUCAGGUGACUUCAGCUCUGGGAGGGGUUGAAGGUGAUUGUAAGUCUCUUCUGAGGUGACUAUAACAUCAGCUCCUGAGUCAAUUUUAAAGUUAAUAGUCUUGCCAUGAAUAUUCAGUUUCACUCUCCAGGCAGGCUCUGUGUCCUCACAAGGGAUAGAUUCCCAGAAACAAUGUCCCUUGAUGGUCUGUCAUACGAGUCAACUCCUUGACUGCUUUGGUGCAGCAAACAGCUGCAAAAUGUCCAUAUUUCUUGCGUGUAGGACACCGUGUGCCUGUGGCUGGACAUGCAUCAUCUCUUGGGAUGUGACUUUUUCCACACCAAGCAGAAGCCCUGCACAGCUGCCCCUGAAAGUGCUUUUAGGAAGGAGAACAAUUUGCCGUGGUCAUCUCCCUACAAGAGCAACACCUGCAGGCGUGCCAACAACACCUCAAGUCCGACUGUGAGAAAUGCAGCUGGUGGAACUAACAGUACCAGCCCAGAUGACUUGAUCUUCAUCUAUUGCUGGGUGGAGAUUGUCAACCAGUGCAGCUAGCUCAGUCUCUGUACCAGACCAAAGCUGGUACCCAGCUUCUCAUGGGCCACGGAGACCUGAGGGGUCUAGGUGCUGUGAGGGUGUCACUCUACAGGCUUGUCCAGGGGACUUUGACCAUAAAAGGAAGAUCAGACCCUGGACAAAAAUGAACUAGAUUGUCAGUGCCAAGCAGUGACUUCCUGAGCACAGGCCCGAGGCUGGCAUCCUACCCCCUGCAGGGAGGCAUUGACAACCUCUCUUAGCACAGGACUGGGCACUUCCCACUGGCCUUCUCUACCCACGAAGGGCAUGGGUCCAAUGCACAGGAUGUAGCCCGAAGCCCUCUCAGCACCUGCAGGCCCUUGACAGCCCUCCAGGACACUGAUCCACACAGAAAGACGGGUCAGUCUGAAUGGAAGCACUUGACCAGGCUGAGACAGGGAGUGUUCACUGAGCUAUCCCCAAACUAUCCAAGAAGGCGGAGAUUGAGGAUGUGACAUUGGAGGGGACGGAGCUGCGAGGAGGACUCUAGAGCAGAGCGUGGCUAUGGGCACCAAGUGCUGUGUUUGGAAGCUCUACAGCGAGCUGAUGGAGCAUUGAGAGUCAUGCUAACAUGCGAAGAACUAAUGCAUAUGUGGCUGGGCAGACUUCACUGGGCUGUGACCAGGAGCACGUAGAUGGGAGUUCCCGAGAGAGUCCAGAGGAGAGAGGAAUAACCAAAUGUUUAGAACAGCAGGAAGCUAGGCUGGAAUUGUUUUCUGGUCCUCUUCCAGGCAUCAGGGGGCCCCAAGGAAUCCUCUUCCUUCUUCCCCUACCCUGAUCUCUUCUCCUCAUCCCCAAGCCUAGGAGUGUGGCUGCAGCAGCUGAUCUUCUGCUCCCUACCAUGAUCAGCACCAUGCCUGGUCCUUGCUUGCUCUGCUUCCCCAUGUGGCUACCCAUUUUGCUGCAUUGAGCAAGGACCCAGGGGCAGGACGGGCAUCUAGCCACUGCUCAGCAGAGAUCAAAGUAGCCCCUAGCAGCUGAAGGGCAACACUUCAGGGAGAAGCAGGUGGGAAAGCCUAAUGGUAGUUCAUUUCUCUCCCCAUGUCAUUUUUUCCUGGCCACAGGGCAGGGAACUCAGUCUGGAGACAGCAGCUCCACCACUUUUAGCAGUGUGACAGCAGGAAGGGGAGAAUUAGCAGUGCAGAUAGCUGUUGGUCAUCAUUAGGUUUCAGAGUCAAUGUUCAAUGAAGGCAGUUCACCCUUCUCCUAGGUACUCUGAUACUACAGUGAUGGCAUAAUGUAGAUGAAUAAAUUAGUGUUUCGGUUUGCAGACAGUGUAAGUGGAAAAUAUUGAAGCAUAGCAUUAGCUGUCUAGAAAGAGACCUGGCAACUUGCUGACCUACACAGAGAUCUAGGGCUGAUACCUGGAGACCAGCUGAUCAUUGAUUUUGUAGAAAGGGUCUGGGACUCACCAUGCAAAUUGUUGCCAGAAACCAGUCCAAUGCAUUAGCCAGGCUCCAGUCAUGCAGAUGGAGUCCAAGCAGACAGAGUGACGUGGAAGGUUUCCUAUGAUGUGGCAUAUUCUUCUCCCCUGAGCACUAAGGUGGAAGAUAAAGCUGCUCUCCCCCUCAAGCUGAUUAACAGUAAGCAAACUCCCGUUAAUGUAUUCGUGGGCUUAUAUGCUCCACGCACUGGAAAAGUCACCUCGUGGGAGAACAAUCUAGGGGGUUAAACAGCUGGCAUGGUUCUCACAGCAGCGCAGCUGUGAGUGAGUAAUGCAGGGGGCAGUGCAUGGCAUUUACAACACCAGCGAGACACUAUGUGGUAAUGGGGAGAGAAGGAGCAAGGGAGACCAAAUGGGAAAAACCAAAAACCACUCUUGGGUCCACAAGUGUCGCUGGAAGAGGCAGGGAUGAUUAAAGUAAGGAGGAGCCUAUCGCUGAGCAGGCUACGAACAGGUAAGAGAAUACAUGGGAAAUGGAUGGACGGAUAAGCAUGACUGGUGAUGCUUUUCCAAGGAUGCUAAAAGAAUUAGCUAAUGAAUUACUGAGUGAAGACCAUUUAAAGUUCUGGGACAAAAACCAUGCAUAUGGCACUCCUAUGGCAUCAUGGAGCUCUCAACAGCAAGAAUAAGGGCUUGUCACCACUGGAAAUGCUGUAGGGCAGAUGCUACAUACACCAACGGAGAGGUUCUCCCAGUGCUGCCGCUGGUCCAUCUCUCUGAGAGGUGGUAGCUAGGUCAAGGGAAGGAUUCUUCCAUCGGCCUACCGCUGUCUACGCCAGGGGUUAGGUUGGCAUUUUUCACACCCCUGACAGACGUAGUUGAGUCAACCUUACCUUUUAGUGUAGAUCAAGCUCAUCUGGGUGGAAGAUAGACCUUUCUCAGGGCCGGUCUGAGACUCUGGAAUGAACAAAGGACCAUCCAAAUCUCACCACUUUCUGCUCCAAGUGCAAGCCACAUUUUUUUGGCCUUGUUUUUCUAAUAGGCCAAAGAACAGAGCAGCAGGUAUAAUUUAACACACACACACACACACACACACGCUUCUCCUUUGGGGAGAGGAUGUGAGAGCAAACACCAUGUGACAGCUGCGUAGUCAAGUCUCACUCCUGGAAGGCGCUCAGAUACUCCAGUGAUGAAUACAAUAUAAAAGCCUAUAUAGAGCAGAAAAGUGUCAUAAAGAACCAAGGAGGUACCACAGAAUAUGGAAGAAAAACAACUGAGGUAUCAGACCUUCAAAAACAGGGCAAUUCCCAUCUAGAAAUACAGCUAACUUCAAGCCUUACUAAAAUAAUAGAGCAAAUAUUAAGCUCUCAGUCCACGCCCCACACUAGUGACUCCAAGAAUGGAAUGAUCCGCGCUCCCCCACUGAACUCUGGCAUUCAGCCCCAUCUGCCAGAACCUCCUUGCCCUCACCCCAAACAUCUGCCCUGCUUGAGAGAACUCUUCUACUCGCCUUUCUUUCCAUGACGUCCUGCUUUCCUUCAGCUGUCUCCUGCCAUCCAGCCUGCCACUCUCCUCCACUACAUGUGGGCUGCUAGCCCACAGCCUGCUCAUCCUCUCACCAUUCACAGGCCUUUCAAUCCCCUGGCACCACACGCCAGCCCUCCUGCCCCUAGACACUCCAUCACUCCCACCACGAUCCUCAUCUCUGCUGCCACAGGCAGACCGUAGACCUUUCCCUACGGCUAUUCAACAGCAGGCAGGGAUGAGAGGAUUAAAGAGGAGAAAUCUGUGAGAAUCCAAACAACAAGAUCCCUAAACACCAGCUCCAGGGCAUAAGCCAGGCAAAAGAAACUCAACUGCUUUUCUUUGGAACAUGGCACUGCAACAGUAGCGACUCUGAGAAUACACUGGGUACUUGGGUAUAGUAAGUAUAGUGAGAAUACACUGGGUACUUGGGCAUUAGUAAAGCAUCUGAGCCAGCAUUCCUUGGAAUCCGAAUUGAAAUAGUUCAUUCGGAUUGAUUUGGAUCUGAGCAGUGUUCCAGGCCUGAAACUGCCUGAGGGCUCCGAACAGCAGCUCGUAUUAAUGGCUAUGUAUCGAGUUUGGGGGAGACUUUCUGUGGGUCAGCUGUUUAGGUUUACUGAAAGGAGUUGUGUUGUAAACCCCAGAGAGGCUAGAGAAAUGAUCCAAAGGUCCCUAGAUGGUUGGACAUGUGGGCACGGAAUGAAACAAGAAGGAAAAGUCAAUUCAGUGAGGGAUUCUUAGCCAGAGCUCUGUCCAAAGCAGCCAACUGCAAGGGUAAUGUUGUGUGGGGAGAGGUCUUCAAAUUAUAGAUGGGGGCGGAGAGGGGAAGAUUAUAAAAGGGCUAGUUUCAUCCCUGGUGUAAUUUUGAUCACCUGGGUGGAGUGACACCAGGGAUGAACCUAGUCCAUUUUGCAGUCGGCAUGCCACGAGAGCAGGGGUUGCACCAGAGCGUGGAAAGGGAGCAGGCCACUUCUAUGUGAGGUGUUUCUUAAAAUGCUACUGGGCACCUGUCUACACAGCGAAAUGGAGAGAAUGCCAAGAAGGACCCCACAAUACUGAAAGGAGCUGGAAGGGUUAAUUCAGGAUAAGAGAAUUAAAUCUGUAUCCCUGUGCCUUGGUCAUGAUGGAGAAUGAAGGGGGCAUGCAACACUCACCUAACAUGACAGGUGAACCGCAAGGAGAGAGGGGAGUUGUUUAGGGUGAUCUUUCUGUCUGUAAUUUCUGCUGAGCCACAGGGACUGUAUCAUAAUUCAGGAAAAACUUCUUCCUCAUCCUGCCCCCAUGGUGAGCGGAGAGAGAGAGGGCUGGGUCCAGCCCAUUCUCCCCAGAACAAAGUUUGAGACUAUUCUGCCUGCUUGGUCCUGUGAACAGCCUGGCGGGUGAACCAGAGACAAGAGCCACAGAGCAGUGCAUACUAGGAAUAAACUAGUUACUCAGAAGACCAGAUUGAUCCUUGGUGCAGAGAGCUUUUGUAAUAUAACCAGAGCGGGGCAGGAACCAACUUUCCUGUCCCCAAAUAUUUUUGAGAGUUUGAAAUCCCGCCCCGCCCCCCGGCAUCUUGUAUGAGGAUGAAAAGUCAAAAUCUUGAAUCUAUUUCUGAAUUGGAAAACUGGCAGUUCAGGUCACUCAAAACAUUCUGUUUGAAAAUUUAGAAAUAUUUCAUUUCAAUUUUGACCUUUUUUUCUUCUUCUUUUAAACCAUUUGGGCAAAUUAGCUUAAAUUUAGAAAAAGUCAUUUCCAAUCGGAAAAAAAAUGGAAUUGUUCAUUUGUUGAAAUAUUUCAAUUUGACAUUUUCAAAACUCCCCCCCCCCCCCCCCCCCGAGUUGGGAGAACCAUCAAAUCCGAGCCAGUUUUGUGAACUGUUCUGGAUUCAGUGAAUCAGUAUUUUUCAAUGGAAAAAUUUUGUCCAAAAAUUCUCAACCACCUCUAGCUAGAAUCAAGGCAACAUCCAUAUAUGGUUGUUUUACCUAACAUGGAAAUGGUCUCUCAGGGUCUUGUCUGUGCUGCAAUAAAAGACCCCCGGCACAGCCGCAGCUGACUCAGUCUCUCAGGGCUCUGAUACUGAACAUCUACACUGGCCACCAAGCUCAAGUUAGCUGACUGGGAUGUGGGUUUUUUACUGCACUAUAGACGUGGUCUCACUGAACAUCAGUGGGAAUUAGCACAUACUUAAAGUUAAGCAUGUUGCUAAACAACUGUGGCUUGGGAUCUCAGGGCACUUACUUGGUCCCAACCCACUGCAGUUUACGAUACACAGUUCUCAGAACUAAAACUUACGCCAGCCGCAGCCAGGAAAGGGGUGGUAACUACAGGUUCAAGCAAAGCGGGGUGUCAUUUCUUUUAAAGAGAGGAAAGGAAGGAGGCUUGGCUAUAGCUCUGGGUGGUUGAUCAUACACUUCAUGUGAAAGGCUCUUCUGGGGAGAGCUUUUCCCCAGCUCUUCUGGGGAAAACUUGGACCAUUGGGAGGAGGAGGCUGAAUUAAAUAGUCAGGAAGAAGAAGCUGGAGACCUAGGCUGAGAUAUCCAGAGGGGCCCAAGGAACCCAGUUCCCACUGAACGUCAUUCCCAUUAGGCCAGCCCCUUUUAAUUCUAACCAAUUCUCCAGAGCCCUAGGACAAUCCAGCCACCUAAGGAUUCUCCAGGGCUAACAGCUGUAUUUGCCCCCUUCUUGACUCCAGGUGCAGUUGGGCUGGUUGGGAGAAUCUGGUCCAUAACACACAUUCCAGAGCGUGCAGCUCUGAAUAUGGCGAGACCCUUUUAAAUAAUGGGGUUUAAGCAUUUGCUAAGAUGCAAUUGCAUGCACAGAUUAAUAGGAAAGUGUUCAUGGAAAAACACUGUAAAUAUCUAAUGCAACUUGAUACAGGGGAUUUUUGCUAAGCAACUCUCCGAGCAAGUGGAAAAUCGCAUCAGAUUUUCCAAACAUGCAGGCAAAAGGCUUUGUGAGCAGAGGAGAACGCUGAUCAGCCCAUCUUUGCUCCGUUGCAUCUGUGUGCUCUGCUAGGCAGUGUGUAAAUACAUUUCCCUUUGAUUGAAACAACGAUAUUUGUAAAUUAGCGGCAGGUGAAAACAUAUUGUACUGACGCUGAAAUAAAAAUGUUAAUUACCACAAAA